UGAUAACUGAAGUGCGGCUGCAGCUGUGAGCUGUCGCCCAGCGUUUCUCGGGAGGGAAGAGUUGGGGAGGCUCUGGCAGCUUGGGAAACGCUAUAACUUUAAAGUCACUGGUUUGCAGGAGUACGCUAAGUGGAAUAUCAGUGUGGGAUCCUACUACAUGGAAAGUGAGCUCCUUCCAUGCUGUUAGGCCACUGGAAAUACUACUAGAACCGUCUUUGGUCAGACCCACUAAAAGUGUUUCAUGAUGGAAAUAGAAGAAUUUGAGGAGGAGGAGUAUGAGGAGUACUAUGAGGAGGGCCCGACGAUCAUCACUACCACCACCACCUACACCACACAUCAGGCCGAGCAGCAGGUGGCAGGUACUGAGAGCCUUCCUACACGCAAGGUCAGGAAGAGGGCAAAAGUGGACACGUCCAAAUUCAUGACCCCUUACCUGGCACACAGUCAGAAGAUGCUUGACCAGUACAGUCAUAACAAGUACAGGGAGGCGUAUGAGAGGUCCAAGGGACAACCAUACAUCAUUUCAGGUGACACACCUGAGAUGAUUCGCAUCAAGAAGGCCCAGGAGCAGCUCAGUGAGGUGAAAUAUCGUAUGGAAGGGCUGAAGGCUAAGACCGCCAGCUCCUACGAUGGCGAGGCUCGUGAGAUUGCACACGUGAAGCACGUCUCUGAACUUGUCAGCAAAGUUUUGUACAGACAGAAAUGGGAUGAGACCAAGGACAGGUACCUGCUGCCUCCUGAUGCUCCUGAGUUGGUUUUGGCUGUGAAGAAUGCUGCCAAUUACAGCAAGAAACUAUACACAGAGGCAUGGGAUGAGGACAAGACCAUGUACUACCCAUACAGUGACAGCCCAGAGCUCCGCCGAGUGGCCAAGGCACAGGAAAUCCUCAGUGAUGUCAAAUACAAGAAGGGUCAUGACAAACGCAAAGCAAAGUACACAUCCCUGGCUGAGCCCCCAGAGGUGGAACUAGCCAAGAAAAACUUUGCUAAUCGUAGUAACCUGAAGUAUCAUGAAGACUAUAACAAGAACGUCAAGGGCAAGUGGUGUGAAACCCCUUACUUUGACGUUGCUGUUGGCAGAAUGGUCAUGGAUAACAUAAGUGAUAAAAAAUAUACUGCUGCUUAUGAAGACAUGAAAGACCAAAUUUAUUUCAUGCAAACAGACACUCCAACAUACGCUACAAACAAAAAGUCUGGUGACAUUGCAAGCUCGGUUAAGUACAAGAAGGACUACGACAAGACAAAAGCGACGUCAGAAUACAAUGUUCUCCCAGCUACAGAAAACCCCCUCCUCAGACAACUGAGAUACGCAGGCACCAUCUUGAGCGAUAAAGUGUACAAAGCUAACUAUGAAAAAGCAAGAGGAUCCAGCAUUAACUACUGCGACACCCCCAAGUUCCAGAUGGACAGCGUCCUCAAACAGUUUAGUGAUUCACGCUAUAAAGAGAAGUAUGAUAAUGAGGUGAAGGGCCACUAUAUUGGCAGUUAUGAAGAUGUAUUCACGCUUCAUUGCCAGAAGGUGGAGGAGUUAAAGAGUGAUAAACUAUAUAAAGCUGAUUAUGACGAUAUGAAGACAAGAUGUUACUUUCCUCAAACAGUCACACCUGAAUACGAAGCUAUUAAAAAAGUGGAACAAUGUAAAGAUAAAGAAUAUCGGCAGCACCCAGACAGAAUAAAGUUCACACAAGUAACAGACUCGCCAGUCCAAGUACAAGCGGCCAUCAAUGCUCAACAACUGAGUGAUCUGAACUACAAGGCGAAGUAUGAACAGGAGAAGUUCAAGUGUUACCUACCCCCUGAUUAUCCCUUUUUCAUUCAGUCUAGAGUUAACGCUUAUAACCUUAGUGAUACUUGUUACAAGUAUGAAUGGGAAAAGACAAAAGCGAAAAAGUUUGAGGUGAAGGGUGAUGCUAUCUCUAUCCUCGCAGCCCGUGCCCAUACCAACAUUGCCAGUGAUGUGAAAUACAAGAAAGACUAUGAGAAGGCCAAAGGACACAUGGUUGGCGCUCUCAGUAUUAACGAUGACCCGAAGAUUAUGCACUCAGUCCAUGUUGCUAAGAUUCAGAGUGAGCGCGAGUAUAAAAAAGACUAUGAAAAGAUGAAGACCAAGUACCAUACACCACUGGACAUGAUGCUUGUCACAUUAGCAAAGAAGUCUCAGGCUAUUGCCAGCAUGUCUGGCUACAGAAACAUCCCCAAUCGCUACCUCCUGCCAUUUGACAGCAUACCACUGGACCUGGCCAAGAAAGCCAACAUCCUUCAGAGUGAUAAUGAGUAUAAGUCAGACUACAACAACUACACUAAAGGAACUCCUUGGGUACCUUACGGAUCACUGGAUGUUGAGAAAGCCAAGAAAGCUGGAGAGAUCCUAAGUGAGAAAAAGUACAGGCAGCACCCAGACACUGUGCCAUUUACUGCUAUUGAUGAUCACCCUGUUAUGCUGCAAGCUAAGGUCAACCAGAUCAUUAGGAGUGAUUUGCAUUACAAGAAAGGGCUUGAGGAGGUCCAUCAAAAAUACUCCCUGCCGCCUGAUGUCCCAGAGUUCCUCCAGGCCAAGUGCAACGCCUACAAUGUCAGCAAUAAAUAUUAUAAAGUUGGAUGGGAGGAUAUUAUUUCAAAGGGAUAUGAUUUGAAGGCUGAUGCCAUCCCCAUUCGUGCAGCCAAGGCAGCAAGGCAUGCAGCCAGUGAUGUCCAGUACAAGAAAGAGUACAUCAAGGCUAGGGGCCACCACGUUGGCUUCCGCAACCUCCAGGACGACCCCCUGCUUGUGCACUACAUGGCAGUGGCUAAGAUACAGAGUGACAAGAACUACAAGAAGGACUAUCACAAGGCUAAGCUGAAGUUCCAGUCUCCUGUGGACAUGCUGAGUGUUGCGCAUGCUAAGCAUGCAUCUACAGUUCAGACAUUUACAGGCUACAAGCAGCCUCUCCAUCACUACACACUUCUUCCAGAUGCCAUGCACCUGGAGCUGGCCCGCACCAUGAAUGUCCUCUCUAGUGAUUGCAACUACAAGUCAGACUAUGAAAACUCAGUGAAAGGUAUUGGCUGGGUACCCAUUGGCUCACUGGAUGUGGAGAAAGCUAAGGCUGCUGCUCGUGCUCUGGAUGAGAAGAAGUACAGGCAGCACCCAGAUACCAUCAAGUUCACCAGUGUCAUGGAUACCCCAGUUAUGGAGCAGGCGAAAUUGAACGCACAGCAGCUAAGCGAUAGACUGUACAAAGCCAGUGGAGAAAAGUUCAUGCACACGUACCAUCUGCCUGCGGACACACCAGAGCUCCUGCAAGCCAAAUAUAAUGCUGCUAAUGUCAGCAAGACCUACUACACAUAUGCACACAAGCAGGAUAUUCUAAAAGGACACCACAUGAAGCAGGACGCAAUACCAGUUGUUGCUGCCAGGUCUUCAAGGGAUAUUGCCAGUGAUUACAAGUACAAGCUUGCAUACCAGAAGGCUAAAGGCCACCACGUUGGCUUCCGCAGUCUUCAGGACGACCCACUGCUGGUGCACUACAUGCAGGUGGCUAAGAUGCAGAGUGACAAGAACUACAAAAAGGACUAUCACAAGGCUAAGCUGAAGUACCACACUCCGGUGGACAUGCUGAGUGUUGCGCAGGCCAAGCAUGCAUCUACAGUCCAGACAUAUGUAGGCUACAAGCAGCCUCUCCAUCACUACACACUUCUUCCAGACGCCAUGCAUAUUGAUCUUGCUCGCACAAUGAUGGAGAUUCAGAGUGAUAAUGUGUACAGCUCAGAAUACAACAGCAUCUACAAGGGAGCAGGCUGGGUUCCCAUUGGUUCUAUUGAUGUAGAGAGAGCCAAGACUGCCAAAGCUGCCCUGGAUGAGAAGUCCUACAGAAUACACCCCAGCACAUUGAAGUUCACUAGUUUGACAGACCAAAUGAACAUGGUCUUAGCCAUGAGUAACUCUAAGCAGAUAAAUCCUGCUGCUUAUAAAGCUUCUGGAGAGAAAUUCAUGCACACCUACCACUUGCCAGCAGACAGCCCACAGUUUCUGCAGGCCAAGUAUAAUGCCCAGACUAUUAGUGAGAAACAUUACAAGUCUCAGUGGAAUGCAGACAUUGCCAAAGGAUAUGACAUGAAAGCUGAUGCUAUUCCCAUACUUGCUGCCAAACAAGGAAGACAUAUUGCUAGUAAUUUCCAGUACAAGAAAGACUACGAGAAGGCUAGAGGCCACCAUGUUGGCUUCCGCAGUCUUCAGGACGACCCGCUGCUGGUGCAUUACAUGCAGGUGGCUAAGAUGCAGAGUGACAAGAACUACAAAAAGGACUAUCACAAGGCUAAACUGAAGUACCACACUCCGGUGGACAUGCUGAGUGUUGUGCAGGCCAAACAUGCAUCUACAGUCCAGACAUAUGCAGGCUAUAGGAAGCCUCUCCAUCACUACACGUUGCUCCCUGAUGCCAUGCAGCUGGAGUUAGCUCGCACCAUGAAUGCCACUUCUAGUGAUGUUGAGUACAAGAGUGAUUACAAUGCCUCUAUGAAAGGUCUUGGGUGGGUGCCCAUUGGUUCACUGUCAGUAGAAACUGCAAAGGUUGGAGGGAACAUACUGAGUGAGAAGAAGUACCGCAGUCACCCCUCCAAAUACACCUUCCACAAGCUCAUGGACUCCAUGGACCUGGCACUAGCCACUGCGAACAACCAGAUCAUGGACAAACAAGCAUAUACUGCUGCAUGGAACAAAGACAAGCUCAAAGUCCAUGUGAUGCCUGACAUCCCAGAAAUUCUCCUUGCCAAGGCGAAUGCAGUGAAUAAUAGCCAGAAACUCUACAAAGCUGGCCUUGAGGAAAUGAAUAAGAAGGGUUAUAACCUAAAACCAGAUGCUAUUUCAAUCCAGGCUGCCAAAGCUGGAAGGAAUAUUGCCAGUAAUUAUAAAUACAAGCUUGCCUAUGAGAAGGCCAAAGGCCACCACGUUGGCUUCCGCAGUCUUCAGGACGACCCGCUGCUGGUGCACUACAUGGAGGUGGCUAAGAUGCAGAGUGACAAGAACUACAAGAAAGACUAUCACAAGGCUAAGCUGAAGUACCACACUCCGGUGGACAUGCUGAGUGUUGUGCAGGCCAAGCAUGCAUCUACAGUCCAGACAUAUGCAGGCUAUAGGCAGCCUCUCCAUAACUACACGUUGCUCCCUGAUGCCAUGCAGCUGGAGUUAGCUCGCACCAUGAAUGCCACUUCUAGUGAUGUUGAGUACAAGAGUGAUUACAAUGCCUCUAUGAAAGGUCUUGGAUGGGUGCCCAUUGGUUCACUGUCAGUAGAAACCGCAAAGGUUGGAGGGAACAUACUGAGUGAGAAGAAGUACCGCAGUCACCCCUCCAAAUACACCUUCCACAAGCUCAUGGACUCCAUGGACCUGGCACUAGCUGCUGCAAACAACCAGAUCAUGAACAAGCAAGCAUACACAGCUGCUUGGGAUCAGGACAAGAUUAAGAUCCACGUUAUGCCUGAUACCCCAGAGAUUCUUCUGGCAAAGGCCAAUGCCAUAACAAUGAGUGAGAAAGCAUACAAAGCUGGAAUGGAAGCCGCAAAGAAGAAGGGUCAUGACCUCAGAGUGGAUGCCAUACCUUUGGUUGCUGCCAAAGCCUCAACACGCAUUGCCAGUGAUUACAAGUACAAACUGAACUACAUAAAGUCAAGAGGCCGCCAUGUUGGCUUCCGUAGUCUUCAGGAUGACCCUCUGCUGGUGCACUACAUGGAGGUGGCCAAGAUCCAAAGUGAUAAGCUGUAUAAGAAGGACUAUCACAAGGCCAAGCUGAAAUACCACUCCCCUGUGGACAUGCUGAGUAUUGUGCAGGCCAAGCAUGCUACUGCUGUUCAGACCUACGCUGGAUACAAACAGCACAUUGCUCACUACACAGUUCUGCCUGAUGCUAUGAACUUGGAACUAGCUCGCAACAUGCAAACGAUUGCUAGUGAUAACAUCUAUAAGAGUGAAUACAAUAACUACAUGAGAGGAAUGGGAUGGGUUCCCAUUGGUUCACUGGACGUGGAGAAAGCAAAGACUGCUGGUCGCAUAGGCAGUGAAAAACUCUACCGUACACAUCCCAGCAACUACACGUUCACCAAAGAUAUGACUUCCAUGGACUUGGUCCUAGCUGCAACUAACAAUCAAAUCAUUAAUAAGAAAAGCUAUACUGACGCCUGGGAGAAGGACAAAACAUCAAUUCACAUCAUGCCAGAUGCGAUGGAUGUAACUCUUGCACGUCAGAAUAGAGUUAACUACAGUGAGAAAUUAUAUAAACUUGCCAAUGAUCUGGCAAAGAAGAAAGGCUAUGACAUGCGUGUUGAUGCUAUUUCCAUUAAAGCAGCUAAAUCGUCCACAGCCAUCGCUAGUGAUUAUAAGUAUAAGGCUGGCUAUCGCAAGCAAGUUGGUCACCACAUUGGAGCCCUGAGUAUCCGGGAUGACCCACUGCUCAUGCUGGCCUUGAACUCAGCUAAGAUUGCUAGUGAUGCCCUUUACAAGAAGGACUUCAACAAGUCCAAGACAAAGUUCCAUCUCCCAGUGGACAUGUUGGCAUUUGAACUGGCAAAGAAGAACCAGAUCCAAGUCAAUGAUGCCAAUUACAGAACCUACCUGCACAACUGGACCUGCCUGCCAGACUCCAACGACGUUGUCCAGGCCCGACAGGUCUAUGACCUCCAGAGCGAUGCUGUUUAUAAGGCUGAUCUGAGAUGGCUGAAAGGCCUUGGAUGGGUCCCUAUCGGUUCACUUGAUGUAGAGAAGGUGAAGAAAGCAGGAGAGAUUCUGAGUGAAAAACGUUAUCGUCAGCACCCAAGCAACUUCAAAUUCACAAGCACAACUGAAGACAUGGGAUUGGCCUUGGCUAAAGCCAAUAAUGACAUCAUGAACAAGAAAAAUUACAUCCAAGCUUGGGAGAAUGAUAAGACCAAGAUCCAUAUGAUGCCAGAUGCAAUGGAGGUGGUCCUUGCAAGGCAGAAUAAAGUGACUUACAGUGAGAAACAAUACAAACUUGCCCACGAGCUGGCAAAGAAGAAGGGGUAUGACCUGCGCAAUGAUGCCAUUUCUGUUAUUGCUGCAAAAGCUUCUCGGGACAUUGCUAGUGAUUACAAGUACAAAGCUGGAUACCGCAAGCAAGUUGGGCACCACAUUGGAGCCCUGAGCAUCAAGGAUGACCCACUGCUCAUGCUGGCCUUGAACUCAGCUAAGAUUGCUAGUGACGCCCUGUACAAGAAGGACUUCAACAAAUCCAAAACAAAGUUCCAUCUCCCAGUGGACAUGCUGGCAUUUGAACUGGCAAAGAAGAACCAGAUCCAAGUCAAUGAUGCCAAUUACAGAACUUACCUGCACAACUGGACCUGCCUGCCAGACUCUAAUGAUGUUGUCCAAGCCAGGCAGGUCUAUGACCUCCAGAGCAACGCUGUGUAUAAGGCUGAUCUGAAAUGGCUACAAGGCCUUGGAUGGGUCCCCAUUGGUUCACUUGAUGUAGAGAAGGUGAAGAAAGCUGGAGAGAUUCUGAGUGAAAAACGGUAUCGUCAGCACCCAAGCAACUUCAAAUUCACAAGCACAGCUGAAGAUAUGGGAAUGGCCUUGGCUAAAGCCAAUAAUGACAUCAUGAACAAGAAAACAUAUACCCAAGCUUGGGAGAACGAUAAGACCAAAAUCCACAUCAUGCCAGAUGCAAUGGAGGUGGUCCAUGCUAAACAGAACAAGGUCAACUACAGUGAAAAAUUAUACAAACUUGCCAAUGAGGAGGCCAAGAAGAAGGGAUAUGAUUUGCGCGGUGAUGCCAUUUCUAUCAAAGCAGCCAAGGCCUCCAGAGAUAUCAUCAGUGAUUUCAAGUAUAAGGCUGGCUAUCGCAAGCAAGUUGGUCACCACAUUGGUGCCCUGAGUAUCCGGGAUGACCCACUGCUCAUGCUGGCCUUGAACUCAGCUAAGAUUGCUAGUGAUGCCCUGUACAAGAAGGACUUCAACAAAUCCAAAACAAAGUUCCAUCUCCCAGUGGACAUGCUGGCAUUUGAACUGGCAAAGAAGAACCAGAUCCAAGUCAAUGAUGCCAAUUACAGAACCUACCUGCACAACUGGACCUGCCUGCCAGACUCCAACGACGUUGUCCAGGCCCGACAGGUCUAUGACCUCCAGAGUAAUGCUGUGUAUAAGGCUGAUCUGAAAUGGCUGCAAGGCCUGGGAUGGGUCCCCAUUGGUUCACUUGAUGUAGAGAAAGUGAAGAAAGCAGGAGAGAUUCUGAGUGAAAAACGGUAUCGUCAGCACCCAAGCAACUUCAAAUUCACAAGCACAACUGAAGACAUGGGAAUGGCCUUGGCUAAAGCCAAUGCUGAAGUCAUGAACAAGAAAAAUUACAUCUCAGCUUGGGAGAGUGAUAAGACAAAGAUUCAUAUGAUGCCAGACACACUGGAGGUGGUCCUUGCAAGACAGAACAAGAUUAAUUACAGUGUGAAACAAUACAAACUUGCCAAUGAGGAGGCUAAGAAGAAGGGCUAUGACUUGCGCGGAGAUGCCAUUUCUAUCAAAGCUGCCAAGGCAUCCAGAGAUAUCAUCAGUGAUUACAAGUACAAGGCUGGAUAUCGUAAGCAAGUUGGUCACCACAUUGGAGCCCUGAGUAUCAAGGAUGACCCGCUGCUCAUGCUGGCCUUGAACUCAGCUAAGAUUGCUAGUGACGCCCUGUACAAGAAGGACUUCAACAAGUCCAAGACCAAAUUUAAUCUUCCAGUGGACAUGUUGAGUCUUGAACUGGCUAAGAAAUGCCAGAUCCAAGUCAACGAUGCCAACUACAGGACUUACCUGCACAACUGGACCUGCCUGCCAGACUCCAACGAUGUUGUCCAGGCCCGACAGGUCUAUGACCUCCAGAGUGAUGCCGUGUAUAAGGCUGAUCUGAAAUGGCUGCAAGGCCUGGGAUGGGUCCCCAUUGGUUCACUUGAUGUAGAGAAAGUGAAGAAAGCUGGACAUAUUCUGAGUGAAAGACAUUAUCGUCAGCACCCAAGCAACUUCAAGUUCACCAGCACAACCCAGGACAUGGGAAUGGCCUUGGCUAAAGCCAAUGCUGAGAUUGGCAAUAAGAAACAUUACAUUGAAGCUUGGGAAAAGGAAAAGACCAAGAUUCACAUUAUGCCUGAUGCUAUGGACAUUUUGCUAGCAAAACAGAACAAUGUUAAUUACAGUGAGAAAAGGUACAAACUUGCCAAUGAAGAAUCGAAGAAGAAGGGCUAUGACUUGCGCAGUGAUGCUAUUUCUAUCAAAGCAGCCAAAGCCUCUAGAGACAUCGUUAGUGAUUACAAGUACAAGGCUGGAUAUCGUAAGCAAGUUGGUCACCACAUUGGUGCCCUGAGUAUCCGGGAUGACCCACUGCUCAUGCUGGCCUUGAACUCAGCUAAGAUUGCUAGUGAUGCCCUGUACAAGAAGGACUUCAACAAAUCCAAGACCAAGUUCAACCUCCCAGUGGACAUGCUGGCAUUUGAACUGGCAAAGAAGAACCAGAUCCAAGUCAAUGAUGCCAAUUACAGAACUUACCUGCACAACUGGACCUGCCUGCCAGACUCCAACGACGUUGUCCAAGCUAGGAAAGUGUAUGAUCUGCGCAGUGACGCUGUGUACAAAGCUGACCUUGAGGACAUGAAAGGCAUUGGAUGGGUCCCAAUCGGUUCACUUGAUGUCGUAAAAGCAAAGAAAGCAGGAGAGAUCCUCAGCGAUCGCCUCUACAGGCAGAAACCAGACAUAUUUAAAUAUUCACAAGACAUGCAGUCCAUGCCCAUGGUCCUGGCAAAGACAAAUGCUGACGUUAUGAACCAGCGUCAGUACAUUGCAGCCUGGGAAGCUGAUAAGAUCAAGAUCCAUAUUAACCCUGAUACCCCAGAAAUUCUGCUGUCUAAGGCCAAUGCUGUUGUGAACAGCAGGAAACUGUACAGGCAAGCAGUGGAGGACAGCUUCAGGAAGGGUUAUGACAUUAAAUCAGAUGCUGUCUCCAUCAGAGCUGCCAAAGCAUCCAGGGACAUCGUCAGUGACUACAAGUACAAAGCUGGCUAUAGAAUGCAACAAGGACAUCACAUUGGAGCUCGAAGCGUCAAGGAUGACCCACUGAUCAUUCUGGCCCUGAACUCCGGUAAAAUUGCUAGCGAUGCCCUGUACAAGAAGGACUUCAACAAAUCCAAGACCAAAUUCAAUCUCCCAGUGGACAUGCUGAGUCUUGAGCUGGCCAAAAAAUGUCAAAUCCAAGUCAAUGAUGCCAACUACAGAACAUAUCUGCACAACUGGACCUGCCUGCCAGACUCCAAUGAUGUUGUUCAGGCUAGGAAGGUUUAUGACCUCCGGAGUGAUGCUGUGUACAAAGCUGAUAUGGAAUGGAUUCGAGGAACAGGUUGGGUUCCCAUUGGCUCUGUGGAUGUAGAAAAGGUCAAAAAAGCCAGUGAAAUCUUGAGUGAGAGGAAAUACCGUCAGCAUCCAAGCAACUUCAAGUUUACCAGCACAACAGACUCUAUCCCAAUGGCUCUUGCCAAAGCCAAUGCUCAGAUCAUGGACCAGAGAGCUUAUGUUGAUGCUUGGAAUAAGGAGAAGAUCCAAGUCCACAUCAUGCCAGAUACGCCUGAGAUUGAGUUAGGAAGGCAGAACAAACUCAACAACAGCAUUAAAUACUACCACCAAGCCUACGUGGACAGUCUUAAGAAAGGAUACUUCCUGCCGAAAGAUGCUGUUGCUGUUAAAGCUGCCAAGGCCUCCAGGGACAUCGUCAGUGAUUACAAGUACAAAGCUGGCUAUAGAAUGCAACAAGGACAUCACAUUGGAGCGCGAAGCGUCAAGGAUGACCCACUGAUCAUUCUGGCCCUGAACUCCGGUAAAAUUGCUAGCGAUGUCCUGUACAAGAAGGACUUCAACAAAUCCAAGACCAAAUUCCAUCUCCCAGUGGACAUGCUGAGUCUUGAGCUGGCCAAAAAAUGUCAAAUUCAAGUCAACGAUGCCAACUACAGAACAUAUCUGCACAACUGGACCUGCCUGCCAGACUCCAAUGAUGUUGUUCAGGCUAGGAAAGUUUAUGACCUCCGGAGCGAUGCGGUGUAUAAGAGUGACCUAGAGUGGCUCCGUGGAAUCGGCUGGAUGCCACAAGGUUCUGUUGAAGUUAUUAAAGUCAGGAAUGCCCAGAGAGUCCUCAACGACCGACUGUAUAGACAGCAUCCUAGCACAGUCCCAUUCACAAGUGCAGUGGACCUGCCUGUCAUUGUUCUAGCCAAGCAGAAUGCUGAUAUCCUAAGUGAAAGAAAAUACAAGGAGGCAUGGGAGAAAGACAAAACGACAAUCCAUAUGAACCCAGACACACCAGCAGUUAUGCUGUCCAAAGCAAAUGCCAUUGCUGUCAGCAACAAAUUGUACACUAAAGACUGGGACUCCCAGAAGGCAAAAGCAUACCAGAUCAAAGAGGAUGCUGUCGCUGUUUUGAAGGCCAGAGCUUCUAGAGACAUUGCUAGUGAUUACAAGUACAAGGAAGGCUACCGCAAGCAAGUUGGGCACCAUAUUGGAGCCAGAUGCGUCAACGAUGACCCACUGAUCAUGCUGGCCCUGAACUCUGCUAAGAUUGCUAGUGAUGCCCUGUACAAGAAGGACUUCAACAAAUCCAAGACCAAAUUCAAUCUCCCAGCGGAUAUGUUGAAUCUUGAACUGGCUAAGAAAUGCCAAAUCCAAGUCAACGAUGCCAACUACAGAACUUACCUGCACAACUGGACUUGCCUGCCAGACUCCAAUGACGUUGUCCAAGCCAGGAAGGCAUAUGACCUCCGGAGUGAUGCUGUAUACAAGGCUGAUCUGGAGUGGCUGAGAGGAUGUGGCUGGAGCCCGCAUGAAUGCUUAGAAGUCAAGAAGGUGAAGAAUGCCCAGCAGAUCCUGGCUGACAGAGGCUACCGUGUGAAGCUGGAUGAACAGAAGUACACUGUUCCUUUUGAUAGGGUUGAUAUUUUGUGUGCCAAGAAUUCUGCUAGCGUGCUGAAUGAGGCAAGCUACCGUGAGGCAUGGCACCGUGAUAAGGUCAAAUACACAAUGCUGGACACCCCACUGCUGGCAACAGCCAGGGAAGUGGCCAAGAAUACUCAUCCAACACUCUACACCAAGGACUGGGAUAAGACAAAGGCUACCUCAUACUUCAUGCCUGGAGAUGCUGUUCCUAUUAAACAGUGCAUCAGCACCUCGAAAGUGCAAAGUCGUUACAAGUACAUGGAAGGCUACCGUAGGCAAGUUGGUCAUCAUAUUGGUGCCCGAAGCAUCCAGGAUGAUCCACUGAUGAUGCUGGCUGUGAACUCUGCUAAGAUCGCUAGUGAUGCCCUGUACAAGAAAGACUUCAACAAAUCCAAGACAAAGUUCAACCUCCCCGUAGAUAUGUUGGCCUUUGAAUUAGCCAAGAAAUGUCAGAUGCAGGUCAAUGAUGAUAAUUACAGAACUUACCUGCACAACUGGACCUGCCUACCAGAUCAGAAUGAUGUUAUUCAGGCUCGCAAAGCCUAUGAUCUUUGCAGUGAUAACGUCUACAAGGCAGAUUUGGAAUGGAUCCGCGGCUGUGGAUGGGUGGCAGCUGAUAGUGUUGAACAUGUCAAAGUCAGGAAAGCCCAAGAGAUCCUUAAUGAUAGACAUUACAAGAAAAAUGCCAAGGACAACUUCUCCAAGUUCACCCUUAUUGUGGAUCGCCCUGAAAUUGUCUUGGCCAAGGUUAACGCUUUCAAUCUCAGUGAUCUGAAGUACAAAGAGUCCUUCAACCUGGAGAAGGGUCACUACAUCGGAUCUGAUGAUACCCCGCAGCUGGCCCACUGCAGAGAGUUUGCAAAGAACAUUAGUGAGAAACUGUACAAACUUGGCUGGGAUGAAGCCAAAGCCACUGGUUAUCAGCUGAACCAUCAAUAUCUCCCACUUACUGUAGCCAAGAAGAGCAGAGACAUCGUCAGUGAUGUUAAGUAUCACGAUUCCCACGAAAAGGCCAAGGGUCACUACAUGGCUGGCACUCUGGUUGACUUUCCUGAGGUGGUCCACUUUGGUAAAAUAGAAAAGAUGAAGAACCUGAGAGACUACCAUAAGGACUACAAUACGACCAAGACUAAGCUACACAUUCCUGCCGACAUGAUCAGCCACAUCGUUGCCAAAAGAUGCCAGGACAUCCUGAGUGAUGUGCAGUAUCGCACCUACCUGCACCAGUGGACGUGCCACCCUGACCAGAAUGACGCUAUCCGCGCCCGCAAGGCCAAUGAGAUCCUGAGUGAUGUGUUCUACAAAGAUGACCUGAACUGGAUGAAGGGCGUUGGCUGCUAUGUGUGGGACACACCUGAAAUUGUGCGUGCCAAGAAGUCUUAUGAGCUUCAGAGUGACAUCAAGUAUAAGGCAGAGGGUAAGAAGGAGUUCAACAACUACUCCAUUGUGACAGACACUCCUGUGUAUGUGACUGCUAUACUGGGCCACACCUGGGCUAGUGAACUGAACUAUAGAGAAGCGUACCACAAGGAGAAGCACUUGUACACCACUGUUCUGGACACCUAUGACUAUGCUAGAUGCUUAAACCUGAAGCAACUGUACAGCACGAAAGCAUACUCCGCUAUCUGGGAUAGAAUCAAGGCCAAGAGCUACAGCAUCCCUCACGACUCUCAUGCUUUGGUCCAUGCCAAACAGCAGAAGGUCGUCUUGAGCAACGUGAAAUACAAGGAGGAUUAUGAGAAGUUUAAGUCCCUCUACAGUCUACCCAAGUGCCUGGAGGAUGACCCUGCCACUGCCAGAUGCAUCAAGGCUGGUAAACUCAACUUAGAUCGCCUGUACAAGCAGAACUGGGAAAAGAUCAAAGCCAAAAUCCACGUGCCUCCUGACAUGCUGGAUGUGGUGGCUGCCCGCAACACCCAGAAAAUGAUCAGUGAAAUUGAUUACCGUAAAUACCUGCACCAGUGGAUCUGCCUGCCUGACAUGCAGGUCUACGUACAUGCCCGCAAAGUCAAUGAGCAGCUCAGUGACAUCUUCUACAAAGAUGACAUGAACUGGCUGAAGGGAAUUGGCUGCUAUGCUUGGGAUACUCCUGAGAUUCUGCGCUGCAAGCAAGCCAUGAAGCUGCAGAGUGAAGCAUUAUACAGAGCUAAAGGAAUCGAGCAUUUCAAGAACUACACCGUUGUGACGGAAACCCCUGUGUAUGAGACAUGCAAGCUGAGCGCCCGGAACUUGAGCGAGCUCAACUACCGCUAUGACUAUGUCACCAACGUUAGGGGUAAAAACACCGCUCCUGCUGUGACCGUUGACUCAGAACGGGCUCGUUUGGCCAACUACAUCCAGAGUGAUAACUUGUACAAAGAGGCCAGCAAGAGCUUCAUGCCCACUGGCUACUCUCUUCCUCAUGACACGCCACUUAUGAAACACGCUAAGGCCAGCAGGAUCAUCGCUAGCAAUGUGAAGUACAAGGAAGCUUAUGAGCUUAUGAAAGCGAAGAGCUAUAAACUGGACCCCAAUGAUGUCAAUUUUGUCACCAUCAGAAAGGCCAACCAGAUCAUCAAUAACCGACUUUACCGUGCCAAGUAUGAGAAGGAAAAGGACAAGGUUCACUCUGUGUACGACACUCCAGAGAUCAAGCAGGUUAAGGCUACCCAGGAGGCCAUCAGUGAUGUUUGCUAUAAGGAAAAAUACUACAGCAGCAGAGGCACACUCCUGCCCAUGCCCAUCACUCCAGAGCUGUUGCACUGCUUCCACGUAAAUGAGCUCAACAGCGAUCUGAAAUACAAAGAGGAUCUGCAGUGGCUGAGAGGUAUUGGUUGCUUUUUGUUCAACUCCCCUGAGAUGGUCCGCAUCCGUCAGUUCAACAAAUUUAGGUCUUCCUAUGAUGUUGAGGCCAAGAAGAAUUUCGCCAACUUCUCUGUGGUCCUGGACACUCCAGAGUACCAGCGUGUGUCUGAGCUGAAGACCCACAUAAGUGAUCUGGUGUACAAAGCCGAUGGUAAUGUACAGAAGACCAAGUGCACCUCUACUGCAGAUGCUUUAGACUUCAAGAGAGCCAAGUGGGCCCAGACUCUUACCAACAAGUGGUUGUACACUGACCUGGCUGCCAAAGAAAGAGCAUUCUACACCCCAGAGUCACACACGCCUCACUUGAACCAUGCCAGAAAUAUGAAAGUUGUGUAUAGUGAGAAAAAGUACAAAGAACAAUAUGAAAAGAUGAAGCACAGGUACACUGCUAUCCAUGACACACCUAUUCUGGUUCGUGCCAAAAAGGCCUACCUUAAUUCCAGCGAUCUGCGAUACAAGGAGACCUUUGAGAUGUCCAAGGGACACUAUCACACUGUUAAGGAUGCACUGGACAUUGUUUGUGCUAAGCGCGUCAGAGAUGACAUCAGUGAGGUUAAGUACAGAGAGAAGUACAUCGACUCACUGGGCACCUGGAAGUCCAUCCCAGACCGUCCUGAGUUCUUCCACAGCAGAGCUGUAAGAGACUGCAUCAGUGAUAUCAAAUACAAAGAGGAUCUAGACUGGCUCAAGGGCAUUGGCUGCUAUGUGUGGGAUACACCUGCGCUGGUACAGGCCGAACAUAACAAGGCUCUCUACAGUGAGAGGCUGUACAAAGCAUCUUAUGAAAAGAACAGAGGCAACUUCAAGUACACAUGUGACACACCCUUCUUUGAGGCUGUCAGACAUGCUUCUGCUCUCGCCAAUGAUAGAUCCUAUCGUGCUGAUUAUGAGAAGUCUAAGGAUAAGUACACCGUAGUUGUAGAUGACCCUAGAAACAUCCUGGCUAAAGAGGCCAACAAGCUGAGCCAGUGGAAGUACAAGGAGCAGUAUGAGCGUCUCAAGUCAAAGUACACAGCAGUGCUGGACACCCCUGAGCACCAGGUCCACAAACGUCGCAAGCAGAUCAGUGACAUCAUCUACAAAAUGGAGUAUAACAAAAACAAGGCUACAGGUUACACUCUUGGUCAUGACACACCUCUGAAUCAGCACAUGAAGAAGGUCAAGGAAAUCACCAGUACUCUGAAGUAUAAGGAAUUGUAUGAAAAAAGCAAAGCUCAGAUCAACAUGGCUCCUGAUGCUUACGACAUCCGUGCCGCCAAGGAGGCCUACAAGAAUAUCAGCAAUCUUGACUACAAAAAGAAGUAUGAAGCCACCAAGAACAAGUGGAUUUGGACUGUGGACAGACCUGACUUCGUCCAUGCGGCAAAGAUCAACUACCAGCAGAGUGAUGUUGAGUACAAGUAUGACAAGGAGAUGCUGAAAGGCUGUGUGAUGCCUGUUGCAGAUGAUAAGUACACACUUCUGGCCAAGCAGAACUCUGAGCUUUCCAGUGAUGUGAAAUACAAACAAAAGUAUCAAGAGGCCAGGGGCCACUACAUUGCUGUCCUUGAUACCCCUCAGAUUCUCCACGCUAAAUCAGUGGCUACCCUGGUUUCUGAGAACAAAUACAAGCUGGGUGCAAAGAAGGAGCUCCAGUCUGGCUGCUUCACAACUCUACCUCAGACCCGUGAGACAGCACACAGCAGAGAGGUGGCCAAAAUCACAAGUGCUAAACUGUACAAGGAGAAGUUUGAGAAGGAGAAGGGCAAGUCUGAGUACAACAAUAUGACUGUACCCCCUGAUGUUCAGCAUGCUAUUGAUGUAGCCAAGAGCCAGAGCAACAUUGCCUACAAACAAGAGGCAAAAGCCAAACUGCACUACACCCCUGUUGCUGACCGACCAGACAUCAGGAAGGCUACCCAAGCUGCCAAGCUCAUCAGUGAAGUGGGUUACCGUGAUAAGGCUCGUCAGGAAGCUAGCCGUGGAGGGUCUCUGAUCGGCCGUCCUGACAUCACCUUGGCCACUGAAGUGUCCAAACUGACCAGUCAGGUGGAGGCCAAGCCUUCCCUCCAUGGAGCUGCCUCCUAUGAUACCCCCCAGAUGCGGCACAUUAAGAAAAUGAGUGCCCUGACUAGUGAUGUGAAAUACAAGGAGAAGUUUGACAAGGAAUUCAAAGGAAAGAGACCCCAGUAUGACUUGAAGAGUAGUAAGAUUUAUCAGACUCUGAAGGAUGCCAGUGUACUUGCAAGUGAGGUGAAAUACAAGGGUGACCUGAAGAAGAUCCAUAAGCCUGUGACUGACAUGGCUGAAUCUCUGGCCAUGCAGCACGGCCUGAGUACCAGCAAGCUGGCCAGUGAUGUGAAGUACAAGGAGAAAUAUGAGAAGGAGAAAGGCAAGGCCAUGCUGGACUUUGAAACGCCAACUUAUGUGAGUGCCAAGGAAGCACAGCAUAUGCAGAGCCAGAAAGACUAUAAGAGGGACUUUGAGGAAUACAUGAAAGGCACGAACCUCUCAGGCUUGGAGGUCACCCCUGCCAUGAUACAUGUCAGACAUGCAACCAAAAUUGCUAGUGAGAAAGAGUAUAGGAGGGAUCUAGAGGAAGGGGUGAAGGGUAAAGGGCUUACAGUGCUUGAGGAAACUCCUGAAUUACUGAGAGCAAAGAAUGCUACUCAGAUCCUGAACGAGAGAGAGUAUAAGAAGGCAUUGGAGCAAGAGAUAAAGGGCAAAGGAAUGUUGGCUUUGGCGACAGACACCCCAGACUUUAUGAGAGCAAGAAAUGCCACAGAUAUCCUCAGCCAGACUAAGUACAAACAGAAUGCUGAGCACGACAGAGCCACCUACACCACUGUGAUUGACACUCCUGACAUCAUCCAUGCUCAACAGAUCAGGAACAUAGUGAGCCAGAAAAGGUACAAGGAGGAGGCAGAGAAGACCAUGUCUCACUACGUGCCUGUUCUGGACACUCCUGAGAUGCAGAGAGUCCGUGAGAACCAGAAGAACUUCAGCACUCUACACUACCAGAUUGACCUUAAAAACAUUAAGGGCAAAGUUUCAGCAGUAAAGGACACACCUGAAAUGCUUCGUGUUAAAGAAAAUACAAAGAAUUUCAGCUCGAUUCAGUACAAGGAGGAUUUGGGAAGAGGAACGGCUAUUGCAGAAACACCUGAAAUGGAGAGAGUUAAACGCAAUCAGGAGGCUAUUAGCACGAUCAAAUACAAGGAGCCGACUAGUCGAGGCAUAUCUAUAGCAGACCUUCCUGAGGUGAAACGUGUGCGGGAGACUCAGAAGAAGAUCAGCUCGAUUCAUUACAAGGAAGAUUUAGGAGGAGGAACUGCUGUGUCAGAAACACCUGAGAUGGAGAGAGUUAAACGCAAUCAGCAAAAUAUUAGCACGAUAAAGUACAAAGACUUGCUGGGGCGAGCCACAGCUAUACCGGACCUUCCCGAAGUGAGACGAGUCAGAGAGACUCAGAAGAACAUCAGCUCGGUCUUAUAUAAAGACACUUCUGCCAAAGGAACUCCAGUGGUUUUCACUCCCGAGAUGGAGCGGGUCAAACGGAACCAAGAACACAUUAGCUCGGUGCUGUACUCUGACAGUUUCCGUAAGCAGGUACAGGGCAAGGCAGCCUUCGUGCUGGACACUCCUGAGAUGAGACGUGUGAAGGAGACCCAGCGCAUCAUCUCUGGGGUGCAAUACCACCAGGAAUUUGAGAAGAGUAAGGGCAGCUUCACUCCCACCACCAGUGACCCCGUGACUGAGCGUGUGAGGAGGAACAUGCAGGACUUCAGUGACAUCAGCUACCGCGGCAUUCAGAGGCGUGUGGUGGAGAUGGAGAGGAGACGCGCCAUAGAACAUGAUCAGGAGACCAUCGCUGACCUGCGCGUAUGGCGCACCAACCCUGGCUCUGUCUUUGACUAUGACCCUGCUGAAGACAACAUCCAGUCAAGAAGUCUGCACAUGAUGUCAGUUCAAGCUCAGCGCCGCAGUAAGGAGCACUCUCGCUCCACCAGCGCCAUGAGCGGCGUAGGAGACGAGAAAUCUGAAGUGUCUGAGAAUGUGGAACACCACCUGUCCCUCUACAGCAACGGAUUCCCUACAACAACCAUAGGCUAUCAGCAGGCUAAGACUGUAGAGCUUCAGCAGAGAUCCUCUUCAGUGGCCACCCAGCAGACCACUGUGUCCUCUGUGCCCUCACACCCCUCCACUACUGGAAAAACCGUACGUGCUAUGUAUGACUACAGUGCUGCUGACAAAGAUGAGGUGUCCUUCAAGGAUGGAGACGUUAUUGUGAAUGUGCAGUCCAUCGACGAGGGCUGGAUGUAUGGCACUGUGCAGCGUACAGGCAAGACUGGCAUGCUGCCAGCCAACUACGUGGAAGCAAUCUAAAGACAAGUGGGAGAAUGACACAUCCACUGGGCUAAAACACCUCAGGCAUUUAGAUUAGAAGCUUGUUUGUGUAGUUAAUGUUAGGUUAGGUUUAGAAUAGUUACGCUACUGUUGGUCCCCAUUAAAAUGUGCAAUUUUGCUCAUGCCCCUUGUGUCUUCUUCUGUGGAUGUGACAUGAGAAACUGACAAACAUUAUACAGUACUUAACUAUUUGUGAUAGCCCAUUGUAGAGUAUUUAUCUUUUAUGUUCCAAACCUAGUGUAACAGUUGAGUAAAUGAAAGCCCAUUAUUUUUGUAUAUUGCUGAAAAAUAUCAGACUCAAUUGACAUUAUGGAAGUGUUCCCUGGAAUUUCCAGUGUUGAAACUUUUGCACAAGAAGAGAUGGGCUAACUUUCUGUACUCCUUUUCUGUAACGGAAAAGAAAGUCUGACAUGUUCGAUGUUUCAUAAACACUGAACAACUACAAUACCAAAGAUGUCAUUUGAAAAUUACGGGGAUAGUGAAACUUGCAAACCUUGAGGAGACACCAUCAAUUCCUCAGAUGCAAACGUGUACUGAAAAGUUCUAAGAAAUAAGCCUCUUCCCUCCUUGGCUGAAGGCUGAUCACAAGUUGCAUGUGUGUUUUGUUUCUUCCGAUUCCCUAGGUCUAGGGUUAGAGUCAUACACCAUGACUCAAUAGCUAAUAAAGCACACCACGCUUCUGCAGUAAA